UGCGACAGAGAAUUUGAUGGUAGCCGGCAGCUUGUGUACCGAGAAAAUGAGGAACUACAAAAGAAAAACUCAGUACAUGCCUAUGACCGAAGAUCAACUCGCUGCGGCACGUACACUGAUCGCGAGAGGUGUUUCUAUCAGUCAGGCGGCCAAAGAAAUCGGGUUUCAUGAAUCGACACUAAGGGAUCGACUUCAGAAAGGGGGAGGAACUAAGCUUGGGAGAUUUCGAGCCACAUUUUCAGCAGAACAGGAAGCUCAGCUGUUAAACCACUGUAUCGACCUGGAUAAGCGAUUUUUCGGCCUUACUUUAAAAUCUUUGCGAUUCCUUCUAUUUAAAUAUGCCGAGGAGAAUAACAUUCCCCAUCAGUUCUCGGUUGAAGCGCAACUUGCAGGGAGGGAUUUUACACGAACCUUUAUGAAAAGAAACAAGUUAUCUUUGCGUGUUCCCCGGAAGACGAGUGUUGCCCGAACAAUGGGGUUCAACAGGAUUCAGCUCACUCAAUAUUUUAACAACUUAGAGGCCAUUAUGAAGAAGUACAAUUUUUCUCCCAACCAAAUUUUCAAUAUGGAUGAAACGGGGGUACAAACGGUCCCAAAUAUACUUCCAAAACACGUAGCCCCCACUGGAAAGAAGGAAGUCGCUAAGGCUGUAGCAGCGGAGCAAGGUCAAACAGUAUCCGCCGUGUGUGCAGUGAGUCCUAUAGGCUAUUUUGUGCCCCCUUUUUUUUAUAUACGCAAGAAAAAGAGAAAAUCGGCUUCUUAUUAAAGGUGGUCCAUUAGGAUGCGAGAUGGCUGUAACCGAUAAAGGGUACAUGAACACUCCCACUUUCAUCAAAUGGCUGAAUCAUUUCAAAAAGUAUGCCAAACCAAGUGACAGCAACCCCAUUUUACUAAUACUUGACAAUCAUGUGUCACACACAAGCCUGGAAGCAGUUUCUUUCGCAAAAUCAAACAAUAUUCACCUCCUUACUUUGCCACCUCACAGCAGCCACAAAACCCAACCUCUUGACCGCUGUAUAUUUCGUCCACUGAAGGCUUAUUACGAUGCUGCCGUAGAUUCAUGGGACGUUUCUCAUCCAGGAGAAACCUUCAGCGUUUACAACGUUGCUGAAUCAUUCAAGAUAGCUUUUGAAAAAGCAAGCUCGGUUGAAAACGCAGCUCAAGCUUUCAAAACUACUGGUAUUUUUCCAUUUAAUACCAAUAUAUUUUCGGAUGCUGAUUUUUUGCCAUCAGAAGUGACAGACCAGUCUCCAGGAGAAGAUCUGGAUGAGGAUGAUCGAAUGGUAUUAUUUAAUGAAGAGAAUGAUGUACAAAAAGAUGUGACUACAACUUCAGAUCUUGCUGUUGGAACAGAGCAGCCUAUGCAACAAGGCAACAAUCAUCCUGACAUUGCAACACCUACGGUUGAUACCGACCAUGUUCAGACUCCGUCAACAGCUCCUGCCGAUAUAAUCCCUUUACCUAAAAUAAAAAUUAAAAGGAAACGUAAAGGAAAAGGGUAGAAGUCCGAGUUGCUUACGUCAACACCGAAUAAGGAACGUUUGGAAAACGAAGCAGCUGAAAAAGAAAAGCAAGCUACUGAAAAGGAGCAACGUUCAAUAGAAAAGCAAAAACGCGCUAAAGAAAACGCAACAAGGCAGCUCUUCUCGCCCACCAACACAAAGAGAAGAAAGACAAAUUCUAACGAAGAUUCUUCUGACACGGACGCAGAUUACUCGAUUCAUGACAGCAGCUCUGAUGGUGAUUUUAUAGGUGAUGAUGAUGGAAACGAUCAAGUUGAAAGUUUUGAGCACUCACAGGAUGAAUCUGCAUUGAUGUUGCCAAAUGACUAUGCUGUAAUUAAAGUGGAUGGCAAAACAAAAAAUUCUUUCAGACACUUUGUUGCCAAGAUCGUUUCUAUUUAUCAAGAUGGUUAUGACGUAGUAUUUUACAAGCGAUUACCAAAUACUUACAAAUUUUCGGAAACAAAUGAAGAGUCCUUCGUAGAAGUCAAGGAUGUUGUUUUAAGAUUGUCAAAACCUAUUCUUAAUCUCUCUGCUAGGUUUCACAAUGUGCUUACUUUCAAAGAAGAUUUAAGAAGUUUCCGUAUGUUUUAAUCAACUUGUUUACUUGUUCUUCAUUGAUCUUA